AUGGCCCGGAUUAAACAGGGUGUAUUCUCCUGGGAGGAUGUCUUGGCUCAUCGGUACCAAAACAACAAGCCGUUAGCCCUCCCGCGUCCUCGCCGACAGAGCGCACUCUCCGGUCGAAGCCAGUCGCAGCCCAAACAGCCAGAUUCGAAACUGAAUUGGGAUGUUCAGCUCCAGAGCUCGCUUCUCACGAAGCUCUCGCCGGAGUUGCGGGUGAUGAUAUGGGAACAGGUCCUGGGUGGUAUGCGCAUACAUAUCAUUCAGAGGUCUGAUAGACGGAUGGGCCAUGUGGUUUGCUCGCUUACGGAUGCUUGCGAUAUAUGCCGCGGCGGGCUGCCUCCGUCUGGCUGCAGUAGUAAGGCAGGAGGAGACUCCCGCGCAGUGAGCCAUCUCCUCGCUUUGCCGAAGGCGUGCAAACAGAUGUCCGUUCCCCCGUUUCGUCUUAACAAGCUCAGCUACUCCGAAUCAAUCCACCUCCUAUACACGCUCACCACAUUCGAAUUCAGUAACACCUGGUCUCUCACAUACCUCCGUCCCACAAUUCCCACAGACCUCUGGGACGCCAUCCGCCGAGUCGAACUCAGCUGGGCCUUCCCCGGCCACUGGCUUCCCAGCAAAGACCCAGUGAAGUCGGUCUACUUCUCCGCCGGCCGCCAACAGUGGAUCGAGACGUGCUGCGCUGUAACGUGCAUGAAGGGUCUGCAGUCCUUCACCCUGCAGCUCAGCAGCAGCUGGUUCUGUGAGCCCGUGGAGAAACUCCCCGUGUUUCUAGAGCCGCUGCGGGAGUUGCAUCUGCGACAGAGGUGGGAGCUGCAUUUACCGCGGCAGCCCUAUUAUGUCAAGGAGAUUCGGAACAUUGACGGGGAUUUGCGCAAGAGGGGAAUUGAUUGUUUGGUUCAGACUGCUGGGAAGUAG